CAAACCCAAGAUAAUUAAUUUUAGAAGUUUCAAAAACUUUGAUUCAGAACUAUUCAAGCGUCACCUUGACAUGGCUCCUUGGCACAUUAUCCAAUUAUUCGAUGAAGUUGACGAUCAAGUACACGCCUGGAAUCUAAUUAUGAAUGAUGUAUUGAAUGAUCUAGCACCUGUAAAGAAAAUGAGAGUAUGUGACAAAGAUGUGCCAUAUAUGACACCUGAAUGGAAGAGUGCAAUUCGAGCCAAACGAAAGGCUAAUGCAAAGUACUUGAAAAACAAAACUCAAGAAACCUGGGAGCUUAGGCGCAAGACAAGAAACGAGGCAACGAAACAGAGGCGGAUUGCAAUAAAGAACUAUUGGAAAAUCAAAGCUGAUGACCUCAAGAGCAGCCCAAGAUACUUUUUCAAAACAUUUAAGCCGUUCCUGAGCACAAGGGAUUGCUCAACGAGCACUGUCAUCCAGCUGAAAGUAGAGGGUACCAUGGUUAAAGAUCAAAGGCAGGUGUCUGAAAUACUUGUGGAUUACUUUUCCACUAUAGCUGAUGGGAUAGGUGGUGACGUAGCCAAGCUUAAAUCACUGAAAGAUUUUAAGGACCAUCCAAGUGUUCUUAGAAUACAACAGCAAAGUGUAAGCGGGUCACGCAAUCUUGAAGUAAAACCUAUCACGCAAGGUCAAGUCCUAGCUGCUUUAGAAUCUCUGAACACUAACAAGGCCACUGGCUAUGACAAUAUCCCGGCCAAAGUCUUGAAAAUUGCAGCCGAUGAAUUGGCCAAACCAAUUACUACUCUUUUCAAUUCAUGAAUACGUAACUGUGUCUGGCCAAGAGAUUGGAAGUGUGGAGUCUGGACUCCAGUUUACAAAAAGGAUGAUAAGCACUCCAAGGAAAAAUACCGCCCUAUAACUGUCUUACCGUGUGUUGACAAAGUUUUCGAACAACUAAUAGGCGCACAGGUCUCUACCGGCUUUGAAGAUCGUAUGUAUGUUAACUCAUCGGCUUACCUCAGAGGACAUAGUUGUGAGACAACUCUGAUUCACCUAGUGGAGGGUUGGAGACAUGCAAGAGAUGACAAACUGGUUGUGAGCUUGCUGUCAACUGACAUGUCAAAAGCGUUUGAUUUACUCCAUCCACCACUACUAUUGAGUAAGCUCAACGCCUAUGGCUUUGAGAGCAGUACAGUUCGGCUUCUGGAGAGUUAUCUGUGUGAUCGCAAUUACCGGGUGAAGAUUGGGGACCUUGUCAGUUCAAGUAGGACUGUUAACCGAGGCUGUCCACAGGGAUCCGCUCUAGGUCCCUUACUUUGGAACAUAUUCCAGAACGAUUUGUCGUACUGUGUAACAACUAACUUGUCUAUGUACGCGGACGAUCAUCAGAUCUAUCACACAGGACGGGAUCAGUCUUCUGUUAUGUUAAUGCUAAAGGAAAGUGCACAGCAAGCCACUAAUUGGUACUACUCAAAUCUUUUAGCCGGGAAUUUGAAGAAAUAUCAAACUAUGAACAUCGGACAUGGCCAAAGCGAUAAUAACAUCACUCAAGUGAUCAGAUUAAACAAUCAUGAUAUUGGUAUAACUGACUCUCUCAAAUUGUUGGGUGUCACAAUAGAUUUUAAGCUGAACUUUUCAGGCCACGAAAACAUGAUCUGUAAAAUUGCCGGUCAGAAAAUUGGCGUCCUUAUGAGACUUAGAAACUUGAUUCCGACGAAUGCUAAACUUAUGCUUUUCAAAACAGCAAUGUUGCCGCACCUUAAAUAUUGCCACCUUGUGUGGCACUUUUGCCGAGCCAGUGAUUCUCGUAAAAUCGACAGGAUGCAAGAAAGGGGCCCGCGUGCUGUUUUUAGGAACAAUGUUAGCUACCCUGAACUUCUAAAAAGAGCAGAACUGCCAAGUUUACAGAACAGAAGACUACAAGACAUUUGUGUUUUAAUGUAUAAAGCCAAGAACAAUCUAUGUCCCCCCUAUAUCAGUGAUAUUUUUAUUGAGCAUAGAUCUAAGUAUAACUUAAGGCAGUCUGAUUUCUCCGCUGCCAGGUACAACUCGGUAACAUAUGGCAACACUCCCUCCGCUACUUGGGGCCCAAUCUCUGGGGAAAAUUAUCUCCAGACUUGAGAGAAGUUACCACCUUAAAAUGUUUCAAACACAAAAUACGUACAUUAGAUAUAGUUACACUAAUGGAUAAUGGAUGCAAGUGUUGUCAUCUCUGUAAUUCAUAGACAUAUUUGUCAUACUGUAAAUAUUGUUGAUGCCAUUAAUUUUUUUUUUAAUUUUUUUAUACCUGCGCUUAUAUGUAAAUACUUUAAUUUAUAUUUAUAUUUAUUUAUUUCGUGUCCCCUAAUUAGCAUAGGUUUUUUAACCUAAGCUAGGAGGCUUUUUUAGACACCUUAAUAAAGUUUCAUCAUCAUCAUCAUCUUUUUUGUAUUGACUGUCAUGAAAACGAGCCUCGCGUGAUUGGGUAUUUGGUUGUUUGGUUCGUGGAUAAAAACAUUUCAAAGGUGGAAAAGCUCUGGAUUGGGUACUUGACUACGAACUCCAAGAUUAAAUAUAUCACUCACUUUUCCUGAAAAAAAAAAUUAUACUAAAGUACAGCGAAUACAGUGAUAUGUGAAUAAAUAGCUAACAACGCAACAGUUGCGUGUAUUGUAGGGUGUUGAGGGCCAUUAGUUUCUUUCAGACCAAUUCCAUGCUCCCUGUAGUUCUAGCUAAGAAAUAAGGUUUUCUGAACACAAGCUAACACAUCAGUAAAUAAAUCUCUUUCUCUGUCACUACAAACCCGAAAAAGAGACUCACUGAAUAUUUGGUUUCUUUUCUUCCCUCUAGGGAUCUAGGAUCGAAUGAAAUCGACCACAUUCCCUCAGACGUAUUUUCAGAUCUAAAAGAGCUCCGUGUAUUGUGAGUUGAUAUGAGAAUAAGUAGUUUAUAACGUAACUGCUGGAGGUAACUGUCAUAUGAGCAACAUUCUUAAAUCAUGUUGCCAGAACUGGUAUUCUUCACACCUCUAAAAAUCUAAACUUAAAGUUUUGUUGUUAUUAUUAUGGCAGUACAAACGUCUGGAUGUCCAAAGUAAAAAAUAAAAGCUUUGGCUGGGCGGCAAAAUUUGUAGUAAAAAUUAAACAAUAAUUUGCACAAAAAAAAAAGAAAAAAAAAUGAGUAAAAAUGAUUUGAUAAGACUAUCAUAAAAAAAAAUUAAACAAUAAAAAAUCCUACAAGCUUUAUGGACGUCUUAAUUAUAAAAUCAAAAUGUUCAUAGGUUAAAUAUCAUCGUUCAUAUAGCUGUCCAUUAAAUAAUGAGAACAUCUAAGGUAUGUCAAUAAAAUUUCGAUAAUGUAAAAGAUUAAGUAUCUGUUAAAAUAGGUGUCCAAACUUCCUAAAGACAUCUAACCGCUCAGCUUGAACAUUCUAGCAAUGUGUAAUGAACUAGAGAGGAUUGCCUUUUGCAUUUGGCGCAUAAUUGAUUCAAACUUGUCUCCUACAAGCUCUUUUAUAUUUUGCUCAACCUCUUUCGAAAAGUAUUAUUAUUAUUAUUAUUAUUAUUAUUAUUAUUAUUAUUAUUAUUAUUAUUAUUGUUAUUAUUAUUAUAUAGAAUGAUCUUCCUUCAGUCGAUAAAUAGCUUGUGGGAGCAUAUGAGGUUCUAGCCUGCGAGCGAGUUCUCCGGGGCGCUCUGGCGGAGGGGCAGGAAAGGGAAGGAGAGCUUGCAACUACGACGCUGGAAUUUGAAUAUCUGCAUGGUCGAUGAGAAAUGCUGAUUGGCAGAGAUAACAUUAGUAAUGACGUCAUUACCCUUGGCACGUGUUUUUCAGUGUUUUUUUACGUUCGCACUCUUUUCCGCUUCGAGCUGAUUGCAUGGGGGCAAUCUGACAGCUCAGUCGACGGGGAGCCACAGGGGAAUUGGAGGUGGAAUUCAAACUCCAGCUGGCUUGCUCCUGUCCGAAAUACUUUUUCUCCACCUUCUAACGAUGCCUAGAGCCUAUGCAGUCAUAGGUUGUACCAGUCCCCGGCUCGUUUAGAACCCCUGAGGUACUCCCAUAUGAAAGGGGCGGACAUUUUGAAAAACCCCUGAAGGAGACCAAUCUGGGGGUGUCCCAACCUCUUUUUGACCCCUAAAAGCGAUCAUUUUAAACUUUGAUUACAUAAAUCGAGUAAAUAAAACGAAUUGAAUAUAUAUUAUUUUUUAAUAUUUCUUCGCGUGCAAACCCUAAAAAAGGCCUUUUUGGCUAAUAGGCAAUUAAUGUGUAUUUGGGAAGAGAGUCGACCGUAUUUAGAAAAGGGAACUUUGUAAAAUGCAACUCUAAAAUCUUUUUUUUUUAUCUUUCCCAAAAACGUUUCCCAAUUACUUGCACAUGCUCAUCCACAUAACUACGCAUUAAAACUGUUUUCAUUUUACAGAAAACUUGAAUUGAAUAAAAUUGAAGACCUACCUGUGGGGACGUUUGAAACACUAUCCAACCUACAAAUCCUGUAAGUAGAUCAAUACUUUACUCCAGCGAGUGAUAGAUCCAUGUUUCAGCGCUAGAGCACUUCAUCCUCACUUGUUUAAAGGGAGAAGGAACAUAUAGAUUAUCAGUUAUCGCAAAAUAUCUUAUACACACUUAUUAAUAAGCUUUUUUUUCAUAGUUUAUUUCAUGCGCUCUUUUAAUUACAUGUUUGGGAACCUCAUGUUAUUCUGUGAAUCCAAUUUCAUUCAUUUGCCUAUCAGUAAGGACCGAGGUUCAUCUUUUUUCUAGGUAAUUGUUUUUAAUCUCCCUUUAGUGAUUUUUAUAUUGCAUCUUUUGGUUUGUUGUUUUUAAAAGGAAUUUAGAGUCUAAUAGACUGCAGCAUUUACCAAAAGACAUUUUCAAAAAUCUAAGUACUUUGCAGCAACUGUAAGUAUUAAAGCAUCCUCCGAUUUAUUAUAUCUGCUCGCAAUCCCACCAUCACUCAACUGAGAAAGCAAUCCACUUAAGAUUAGCAAAACAGGUCUCUUCUUUGUAUUUUGAUAAACUUGAAUUUGAUUCUUAAAUAAUUUCAUGUAUUCCACUUUUUGCAUAGUAAAUACCAAAACAUACAAAACAAUUAAAAACUAGACACAUAUAUACAUCACACACAUUCGUGACAUACUGAUACACACACCCCAGAACAUUUUUCCUGUAUUUACAUGUAAAAUAAUGUAAUGUAGAUAUGCGGCGAGAGAAUCGUGUACUAACAUGAUCUGUAUUGCCCCGUUUCAUAUUGUGGGUCACAAACUUAUCGUCUGAUUUAGCAAUCAUUGUCUCGAUUAGGGUCUACAAUAUACCUUUACUUGCGCUAAAUCUAUUGCUUGCAGUGGCCGUAAGCACGUUUUUCGAACUCUUAGUUAUAUAGCAUUUUUUGCUAUUUUGUUGAGGUCCCUUAAUAAUGAACCUUUUUAAACUCAUCAGAGAUUUUUCUGGCAACGUGAUUAAAGAGCUUCACAAUGAGACAUUCAUGAAUUUGCGGUCACUCUUACGACUGUAAGUAUUAAAUUGGCUUCCUCAGCCUCCAAUGAUUUGGAAUAUUCCUCACAGUAUUUACCUCUGUAAGAGUAGCUAGGAAGGGUAUUUCUGUAGGGAAUAUUAUCGCAGAUGAUGGCACAUUUACCAAAAAAAAUUAUAUUCGAGAUGGAAAGUCGAAAAGCAACAUUACUUCUUGCGUCAUUCUACUGGAAAAGUUCCGGGAGAAAAUAGGAUUUUAUGUCCCUCUUCUUCAAACCUUUUCUUAGUGAAUGGGAAUGAUUUCAGUAAAUCUUCACUUGGCUGAAAUCCUCGCUAAAAGAUAUCAAAAUUAUACUCCUCUUUCAAAAAAAGUUUAUCCCUACCAGUAAAAAAUAUGAUUAGACUUUUGCCUUCACAAAGGUUGCUUUCCCAAACUGAAGCAUAAUAUCCUUCCUGGCUACCGAGGUCAGUGUGAAAUAACUUAUCGGCCCACUCUAUCGCUAUUUAGCCCAUGCAAACAGAAAUUAACGAGACGUUUCUCUUUUGUUGCAAACGGUUCUCCACAUUGAGUAACGAAAAGGUUUAUAACUUUCUUUCAUAUCUGAUUUUUUUUUCACCUCCUAUGCUUGACUACUCCUUUUUUUUCGAAUUGACUGUCAUGAAAACAGGCCUCGCGUCAUGUGACACAAAAAUUGAUCCGUGAUUGGGUAAUUGCUUGCUUUGGUUCACGGAUCAAAACAUUUGAAAGGUGGAAAAGCUCUGGACUGGGUACCUGACUACCAACUCCAAGAUUAAAUAUAUCACUCACUUUUCCUGAAAAAAUCAUACUAUAGUACAGCGAACGCAGCGAUAUGUGGAAUAAAUAGCUUACAACGCAACAGUUGCGUGUAUUGUAAGGUGUUGAGGGCCAUUAUUUUUCUUUCAGACCAAUUCAAUGUUUCCUGCAGUUCUAGCUAAGAAUUAAGGUUUUCUGCACACAAGCUAACACAUCGGUAAAUAAAUCUAUUUCUCUGUUACUACAAACCCGGAAAAGAGACUCACUGAAUAUUUGGUUUCUUUUCUUCCCUCUAGGGAUCUAGGAUCGAAUGAAAUCGACCACAUUCCAUCACAAGUUUUUUCAGAUCUAAAAAAGCUCCGUGUAUUGUGAGUUGAUAUUAGAAUAAGUAGUUUAUAAGGUAACUGCAGGAGGUAACUUAAUGCUGAAAAAGUCAUGCGAAUAACAUUGUUAAAUCAUGUUACCAGAGCUGUUAUUCUUCACACCUCUAAAAAUCUAAACUUAAAGUUUUAUUAUCACUAUUAUUAUUAUUAUUAUUAUUAUUAUUACUAUUAUCAUUAUUAUAUAGGAUGAUCUUCCUUCAGUCGAUAAAUAGCUUGUGGGUGCAUAUGAGGCUCUAGCCUGAGAGCAAGUUCUCCGGGGCGCUCUGGCGGCAAGGCGGGAAAGGGAAGGAGAGCUUACAACUACGUCGCUGGAUUUUGAAUAUCAGCAUCGAAAAAGGCGAUGCGAAAUGGUGAUUGGCGGAGAAGACAUUAGUAAUAACGUCAUUACCCUUGGCACGUGUUUUUCAAUGGUUGUUUACAUUCGCACUCUUUUCCACUUCCCUCUGAUUGCGGUAAAUCUGACAGCUCAGGCAACGGGGAGCCACAGGGGAAUUGGAGGUGGAAUUCAAAUUCCAGGGGUGUAAUUGCAAGCUCCCCUUUCUUUUCCGCCCCGCCGACCGAGCGACCUGGAGAGCUUGGUCUCAGUCUAAUUAGGCUCAAGUAUAUAGGCCCAGGCUCAGCUGUCGCAUAAUAUUGUUCUUGCAAUCCAACCUUCAAUAAUGAGCACUUUUGCACAAGGGGAUCGUUUGAUGGGGCAGCAUGAAGGUUAAAACACAUGGCGUACCACAAGUGCUGUGUUCCAAACUGCAUUAUAAUAGUUUCAGAAAUGCAACUAUCCUUCGUUAUUAGAGUAUUCCUUAAAGACUCACCAGGUAUGUCUUUUACAGCUAGAAUAACCUUGAGGUAAUAGGUAGCUUGCUACUGUCCGCAAUGCUUUUUCUCCUCCUUCUAAAGAUUCCUAGAGCCUAUGCAGUCUAGGUGAUA